CACCAACAAUGUUCAGACAAGCAGCCAGACAAUUCACAACCUCCGCACGUCGUGCUAACCUCAUUGCUGACCUCUACGUCAGAGAGUUGAAGGCCUUCAAGCCAACUCCACUCACAGCUGCAGAUGCUCAAGAAGCAACCAAGCCAUGGAAGUUGCCAGCUGCCGCCAAGGUGCCAGCCUUGGAGGCCGAAGGAGCUGAUGCCUUGGCUGAGUACGACUCUGCAUCCGUCGAUGUCGUCGCUGCUGCUCCAGCCAACGGCGCCGCCGAAGAAUACAAGCCAGACGACUGGUUUGUGUUCCCAGUCGACGAAGAGCCAGGCCACCACCACUAAGUUACUGGAUCUCUGAUAUGUUGAUCCAGAUCCAGUGAAUAGUUUGCUUUUUGAUCGUUACAAACGGAAACCGUUUCAGUGACAGUUACACAAAAACUAGCCAAGAAGCAAACCUUCUUGCCUUUGUCCCUCCACCAAACCAUGAUGUCCGAUUUUGCCAAAUGCUGUUGGAACCUAUUUAUUUAUUGAUCAUAGAUAUAUAUACGUUUUUUUAUAUCUUAUAUUUAUUAAAUGCCAUUACAUUCGAUGUGUUUAUGAG